CACGAGACUCAGGCUGUGAUUGUUGUUCUUUUUACAGUGUCGAUUUUACAUUGCAGCUUCCGAGUCGAAUCGCUCAUUUCUGAAGUGGCGUGUGGUAACGGGAGUGUAUCUAGUUUUAGAUGGAGCUUUAUGUGCAACAGUGUAACGUAAAAAUUGGGGUGCAGCAACGUUUUCAGUGAACGCAUAGCUGAUGUUUAACUACAGCGGGACCAAAUCAAGGAUAGAAUCGGAAACGCAAAAUAAAGUCUUUUGUGACCAAAGGUGGCGUUACAAAAUGGUUUUGGUAGUGAACUAGUUAGUUUUUUUCAAUCCAAAUGAUCGCCGACUAACUGUAAAGUUAUCUUGCUAAUUAUGCUCCUGCCCAUGCACCGAUGAUGGAUUUUAAAAUCGGAAACCUGAGUGUCGACACCUCACAAGCUUUCAAAAGGGGAAGAAAAAGCACCAGUUGGAUCGAUACUAUCGGAAGCAUGGAUAGGUUGGAAGACUGAGAUGCCUUGCUUGGAGUCUUUGUUGCUUACCGUACUCCUCUCCUAGCUAAGUAGCCAACAUUAGUAAUGCUACAGCUAUCUAAUUAGCUAUCUUACCGGUCUACCAUCUCAUCGUGCCUGAAAACAGCAAGAAAAACAGACCUGUACGACCACUCCUGCGAAUCAUUCGGAUGACAGAACAUCCUGUUUACAAGAUACAGGGAAGAGGCUGAGUCGGUCUCAGAUGAGGAAGCGCAGCACUCGAAAGAUCUUCUCCUUCCUGGCGCGAGGCACAGCCAGCUUAGCAACGAAAGAGUGUACUGUAAACAGCAUUUGCAUGUUUGAAGCGAACGCAACGGAUCCCUCGACACCGCGCUGACGAGCUCGCUGAGAUGUGUCUGCCGUCGGAGUGCGGUGGAACGGAGCGGAAGGCGCCAUGUUCGGCGGCAGCGCUCCAUUGACCAUGCCACAGGCUGUGCCCCCGCACGGCUGGGAAGAAUGGUUUACUCCGCUGACGUGCCCCGCGCGGACGCCGCGGAGACCAACGCAACCUUCGACACCUCGGGCGCGAGGCUUCUGAACCUUUCGGACCCGGGUUCCGGAACGUUCCCCACCAUGGCCGCGGCCUCCGCGGGGAACUGCACCUCGGGCUGCGGGGCGGCGGCGUACGCCGCGACGACGGCCCCCAUCCUCCAGGCGGGCGCGGAGGGCGUCGGCCUGCCCCUCCAGGUGUUCUUCCUCAUCGCCAUCAUCGUCAUCCUGCUGGUCUCCCUCCUGGGAAACGCGGUGGUGUGCCUGAUGGUCUACCAGCGGUCGGCCAUGCGCUCGGCCAUCAACAUCCUGCUGGCCAGCCUGGCCUUUGGCGACAUGAUGCUGGCUGUCCUGAACAUGCCCUUCGCGCUGGUCACCGUCAUGACCACGCAUUGGAUCUUCGGGGACGCUUUCUGCCGGGUCUCAGCCAUGUUCUUUUGGCUCUUCGUCAUCGAGGGCGUGGCCAUCCUGCUCAUAAUCAGCAUCGACCGCUUCCUCAUCAUCGUGCAGAAGCAGGACAAACUGAGCCCCUAUAGGGCCAAAGUGCUGAUUGGCGUAUCCUGGGUCCUCUCCCUCUGCUUCUCCUUCCCCCUGGCCGUGGGGCAGCCCCGCCUCCAGAUCCCUUCCAGGGCCCCGCAGUGCGUGUUCGGCCACUCCACCGAGCCCGGGUACCGGGCCUACGUGGUCCUGACGGCGCUGGUCGUCUUCUUCGUCCCUUUCACAGUCAUGCUGUACACCUUCAUGGGCAUCCUGGGCACGGUGCGCCACAACGCCAUCCGCAUCCACAGCCACCCGGACAGCAUCUGCCUGAGCCAGGCCAGCAAGCUGGGCCUGAUGAGCCUGCAGAGGCCCUUCCAGAUGAACAUAGACAUGAGCUUCAAGACGCGUGCCUUCACCACCAUCCUCAUCCUCUUCUCCGUCUUCACCGUGUGCUGGGCGCCCUUCACCGCCUACAGCCUGUUUUCCACCUUCAGCAGCAGCUUCUACCACAGGGCCAGCUUCUUCGAGAUCAGCACCUGGCUCCUCUGGCUAUGCUACCUCAAGUCCGCCCUCAACCCUCUCAUCUACUACUGGCGGAUCAAGAAGUUCCGCGACGCCUGCCUGGACCUGAUGCCCAAGUACUUUAAGUUCCUGCCCCAGCUCCCGGGCCACACCAAGCGGCGAAUUCGUCCCAGCGCCAUCUACGUAUGCGGGGAGCACCGUUCGGUCGUUUGAAUCUCCCAACUGCAAAAAGACACGGUGGUGGUCCAGUUUAAUUUCCCCAAAUUCUUACCACAUGAAUGUGUGUGAAUUCAUAAUAAGUUAUGAUCGUUCUUUUUUAAAAACUUUGUUUCGAGUCGUCUGCGCCCGGUUUACAAAAACGUGUAAAUUAAAUGCUUAUAUGAACGUUUUUUGUUUUUUAAAAAUAGUCACAACAAACUGAAACGUUUGUCCUUGUUAAUAUUUCUAUCCGAACGGUCUGUUUGUGCCUAUGAUUUAGUUCUAUGCCAGUCAGAAUGCUGCUGUAUCUGGUGAAAAUGUGCAAUUUCAGUGUACUGUACUUUUAUCUUGAAUGUAAUAAAGCGUAGACAUUUGUUACAUUGUUA